UGGAGGUAUUCCAAAAAGAUGAGAGCGUGAAACACAUCUUCUGGAUUCCUUGCGUCGCCCACAUCAUGGAUCUCAUUCUCGAGGACAUCAAGGGAUUGAUUGGAUGGCUUCCCGCAUUUCUCAAGCGAGGCUGGUUACAAGGUUCUUCAAGCGCCAUGGACAUGCGAGAGAGGUUCUUGAGGCGCACUCGACGAAGACUCUUCUGCUACCGGCGGAGACGCGUUUCGGCACGAACGUCAUCAUGAUGGAGAGGCUGGUGGCACUGCGGGCCGCGUUGACAGAUGUUGUGGCCGACGAUCGCUGGCGCGAGACUGUUUGGUCGACCAGCAAGAUCCGCAAGGAUGCAGCGGAGGUCACUGCAUGUAUCGGCUCCCCUCCAUGGUGGGAGGAUUUGAGAGCUCUGUGCAAGAUGCUAGAGCCCAUCAUGGGCAUGCUGAAGUUSGUGGACAGCGACACACGCCAGAUCAGCAAGAUUCUGCGACGUUACGAGGAAAUGAUUGCAUCUUGUUUAUCCGCAUGUCGUGAUAUUGAUCGGGAGCAGCAGGACGCUAUUGUGGAGGUGUUCCACAGGCGGCGCACCAUGUUCAAGACCCCCGCCCACACGRCAGCCAUGCUGCUAGAUCCAGAGUUCCGGGACGCGAUGCUUUGUGACGAUGCGGAGGUGCAGCAGGCCUUGGGUGAGGCCCUUGUCCAGUUCGGCUACCCGGAGGAUUCGCCGCAGCACCGGGAGGUCCAACGAGCGGUCGCCAAGCUCCACACGAGGGAGCCCCCUUUCGAUGAGCUCACCAUGCGGCGAGCUGCGGAUAUCUUUGAUCACCCUGCCUGUUUUUGGUCUUCAAAGAAGGCGAAGUUCCCUCACACGGCUGUGUUUGCAGGCAUGAUCCUUCGUAUAUGGGCGACCGCCUCACCGUGCGAGAGAGCGUGGUCUCGUUGGAGCUUCAUUCAUUCGAAGUCUCGCAACAAGUUGGAGGUUCCCCGGGCUGAGAAGCUUGUGCGGUGCCACUGGAACCUCAGGCUAUUCGAUCGACCUUUGUUGUGCGAUGAUGGUGUUGGAGAGAGGUCCGACGUCUUCGGGAAAUGGGUGCAUUAUUGGCAGGCCGUGGAGGACGAGGCAGCCGUGGACCAGCAGCUCGUCAGAGGCACCGGUGUUCUGGCGAAGGUGACCGAGGAGGAGUUGAGCCUCGCCAGAGAGAGAACGCGCGCCAUUUCCCGCAUGGGAGCCGAGUGUCGGGUAGCGGAGUCGGACAGGAGGCGACGCAGGGCCGGUGGUCGGGGACGUGGCGGCCGUGGACAAGCAGGUGUCGGAGGACGUACACGUGGCGAUGCGGGUUCCGCUCCUCGGACUCGGCGACAGCGGAUGAAUGGUGGCAUUUGCAGGGCCCGCAUGCGUUGGGACGAGGGUGACUUCUCGUUUGACAGCACAUCCAGCGACGACGACGAUUUCUUUGCGUCGGGAACAUAUGCAUCCACGGGCGAUGAUAGAGGUGACGCUGACGACAGAGGCGAUCACAGAGGCGACGGUGACGACAGAGAGGAUGAGAUGGGAGAUCCUUCCAACGAGACGCAACGCGACCCGGUUCAUGCAGAGGAGCUAGCCUCGAACACUGAUGUGAUAGUGACGGAGGAGGAUACAGGGUUCAGGAUCACUCAUCCCCAGUCGCCAGCGUCGGUUGUUGGCACUGAGGAGGAGACGGAGUUCGGAGGACCCGGUCCACUCCGCCAGGCGCAGACUCGGUGCACUCCAGCAGGCGCCCCACCUGCUAGACGAGAUGAUGCGCGUCGUGACAGAAGGUUCGACGAGUUCGGUGGCGACACGAUACUGCAUCCUCCAGAGUCCGGCACUCCCGCCAUUUUUCAUGUCGGUGCACCGUGGGCGGUGGAGCAGGGGUUGGCGGAGGAGGUAGCACGGAACCGUCGUGGUGGACCGCACGUCGCAACUCAUCGUAGUCUGGAAGGUUCACUAGAGGCAGCGUCUGGAGAUUUUUUGGCGCAGGGGGGUCAUGGUUCGCAGCUGUUAUCGGGCGGCGUGUCAUCAGUCCAUCCACCAGAGGAGGGACCGCAGCGAGAGCCACAUCGAGGGCCAGCGGAGACUUUAGAGGCGAGGCCUCCCGGAGUUAUCCGCUCGGACGGAGGCGAGGGCGUGAGCGAGGAUACAACGCAGCCAGGGAGCGCAGAUGGUGGACGGUCCUUCAGGGGGGGCAUCGAGCGCAGAGGGUCAUCGACCGCACACCCCAGCAUUGUCAGGUCCAGCACACAUGACGUUGGAGACGGGCACACAGAUGAGCCUCGACCGCAUUUAACGGGGAUGAGUGACAUCAUGUGUCCACCAUCCUCACGCCCCUCUGCCGCUGAUCCUGCCGCCCACGGGCAGGCCGCGCCGAACGCAUUGCCUACGAGGUCUUUCUACGACGGUGCGGGCAUGGACCGGAGGGCGGGCGAUAUGGGACAAACAUCAGCAUAUGGACCGGCAGAUGUGCCCGCGGGGGCGCGAUCGAUCGGCAACGUCGAUGGCACUUGUCAUGAUUCCAUGAGAGCUUACGAGGAGCAGCAUGGGAGGCCUAUACAGGCCAAGAGGAUCGAUGUCAACGACACCAGGACGGCAACUGCGAGGCUGUCACGGGUGAGGAAGAAGGAAACAGGGACGAGACCUGACAGAUGCCAGCUGCCGCAGAUGGACAAGGGGGGGCGGAGGGAGGUGACAGAGAGGACGAAGCAGGUCGAGGUGAGAAGAGACGAGGCGGCACGAUCAUCCUCCACGACGACAACUCCACAGCCGCUGAGGGCGGUGAGACCACAGGCGCCGAUGAUCCUGAUGACUCCGAUUACGUUCCGAGGAUCCGUACGGCGGACGGAGAUGACGGCGGAGGUCGUCGCGUGAGGAUGAGGACUGGACCUGGCCCGGAUGGUCAUUGCACCCCAGCGGCACAUUUGCCGCCUAUUGAUCGAC